AUGCCACAGACGCUGGACCCUGCCAGGAACCCCAAUCUCCCGCCAUUGUCAGCCUUACUGCCGGACGCAAUAAGGGUAGGUUUCCUUCGCCUCCUAGAGCGAGGAUGCUCCCACAACGCGAGGGGCGUAGGUUUCGUGUGCAGGGAUGGUCUAUUUUCGCCCUUAUGCUCCGGUGACACAAGGGCAGCGCGGUACCGAGAUGUGCCUGCGGAGAGCCCCCGUAGCGAAAGUUAUUGUUCAUCCAUUACACGAUCAAUUGAAGAUCUGUGUCACGCCAGCGUGUCAGAGGACGGCAGUGGGCAGGGCGUGACCUCCGCCAGCGUGUCAGAGGACGGCAGUGGGCAGGGCGUGACCUCCGCCAGCGUGUCAGAGGACGGCAGUGGGCAGGGCGUGACCUCCGCCAGCGUGUCAGAGGACGGCAGUGGGCAGGGCGUGACCUCCGCCAGCGUGUCAGAGGACGGCAGUGGGAAGGGCGUGACUGUCUGUGCCGGACGGAGUCGAACCAGCAUCAACAAUGGCCCCAAAAGAAGUAAAAAGAAAUUAUCCUGUUGCGAGAUUACCCUGAUCGUUCUCGGUACUCUCUCUGCUGUUAUGGGUAUUGUUAUGGUAUCUGGGGGGUACCAGGCGAUGUUCGACGCUAUUAUGAAAUCGCAAAUGGCAGUCACAGAAGGCUCAACUUCCUACGAUAUGUGGCGGGUUCCCCCUAUGCCUCUUUACCUGCAAGUCUACUUCUUCAACAUCACCAAUCCCGAUGAGUUCGCUGCAGGUGCAAAGCCUAUAUUGCAAGAAGUGGGUCCUUAUUGUUACAGAGAAUACCACGAGAAGAAAGAAAUCAAGUUCCAUCCCAACAACACGGUGACUUUCUUCCAGCAAAGGUGGUGGAUUUGGGACCAGGAAAUGUCUAGGAAUCAUACCACUGACGACAUAAUUGUUGCUUUAAAUACCAUCCCAGUGUCGGCAGCCUGGAGCGUCAGGAAAUUCAACCUCAUGCUUAACAACCUCAACAAGAUGAUCAAUGACCUUGAGGAGGAACUGAUCGUGAGGGUGCCGGCCGGGGAACUGCUCUUUGACGGAUACGCGGACCCCAUCCUCGACUGGGUGCAAGAGAACGUGAUGGAUGAAAACGGGACUUACCAUAAUUUGCUCCCCGUCCUGCCCAUUCCUCCGGGGAUCAAAGACUACGACAGAUUUGGAUGGUUCUAUGGGCGGAACUUAUCUCUGUCUUACGAUGGGCUAUUUAACAUGAAGACUGGCCACGACACUCUCGAUAAUAUAGGUGUUAUUGACUGGUGGAAUAAGACUCGCGAGACUCAGUUCUUCGACUACCCCUGCAACCGCGUCGAGGGUUCCGCAGGCGAGAUGUGGCCGCCCAACCUGCAGAAGGACUUCGUGCAGUUCUAUAGCCCGGAUCUGUGCAUGACCAUGAAGCUGUAUUACAAGGGGGAGAUCGAGGAUUCCCACGGCAUUUCGGGCUACAGGUACUGGGGCAGUAACCUCACCUUCGCCAACGGGAGCGUAGUGCCCGGGAACGAAUGUUAUUGUGUUAAGGGGACGUGCGCACCCACAGGCCUCCUGAGCGGCGAAUCCUGCCGAAUGGGGUCCCCCUCGUACAUCUCCUUCCCGCACUUCCUCAACGCUGAUCCUUACCUCCUGGACACCGUAGAAGGACUCGAUCCUCAGGAGGACAGACACGCCUUCGUUAUGGAUAUGAUUCCGGAGCUGGGGACGCCCAUGUGGGUGGCGGCGAGGAUGCAGAUCAACAUGUUAGUUCUCCCUUACCCAGGAAACUCCAAAAGGCACGGAAAGAUCGACAUCCUAAGUGAAGUUCCGGAGGUCUACAUGCCUCUCAUGUGGUUCGAGGUGGCAGCUGGCGUUCCAGAGGAGAUGAUCGGACAGCUACAGUCCCUUCUGUUCAUGAUGAGGACCCCGACGAUGACUAUUAUAUGGUCCGUGAUGAUCGCUCUCGGUAGUCUCACCGUGGUUGCUGUGCUGGCGCGGCAUUGGAGGAAGAGGAGGAGUACUUUGGUGUGAUUUUGUGGGC